AUGUCUGACCAUGGAGAUGUGAGCCUCCCACCCGAAGACCGGGUGAGGGCUCUGUCCCAAAGGGGUAGCACAGUGGAGAUAAAUGAAGACAUUCCACCCCGCCGGUACUUCCGCUCUGGAGUGGAGAUUAUCCGAAUGGCAUCUGUUUACUGUGAGGAAGGCAACAUUGAAUAUGCUUUCAUCCUCUAUAACAAGUAUAUCACGCUCUUUAUUGAGAAACUACCAAAGCAUCGAGAUUACAAAUCGGCUGUCAUUCCUGAAAAGAAAGACACAGUAAAGAAAUUAAAGGAGAUUGCAUUUCCCAAAGCAGAAGAACUGAAGGCAGAACUGUUAAAACGAUAUACCAAAGAAUAUUUAGAAUAUAAUGAAGAAAAAAAGAAGGAAGCGGAAGAAUUUGCCCGCAGUGUAGCCAUGCAGGAGGAGCUGGAAAAGGAAAGACAGAGGGUGGCACAGCAGAAGCAGCAGCAGCUGGAGCAGGAGCAGUUCCACGCCUUCGAGGAGAUGAUCCGGAACCAGGAGCUAGAAAAGGAACGGCUGAAGAUUGUGCAGGAGUUUGGGAAGGUGGACCCUGGCCUGGGUGGCCCACUGGUACCUGGCUUGGAGAAACCCUCCCUAGACGUGUUCCCCACGGUGCCCGUUAUAUCCACACAGCCUUCGGACUGUAAUACAACUGUGAGGCUUGCCAAGCCACCAGUAGUGGACAGAUCCUUGAAACCUGGAGCAUUGAACAACUUGGAAGGUACUCCUGCAAUCGAUGGAUUGCGCCACGUGGUGGUACCCGGGAAGCUCUGCCCGCAGUUCCUUCAGUUGGCCAGUGCCAACACUGCCCGGGGAGUGGAGACGUGUGGGAUUCUCUGUGGAAAACUGAUGAGGAACGAGUUUACCAUCACCCAUGUUCUCAUCCCCAAGCAAAGCGCUGGGUCUGAUUAUUGCAACACCGAGAAUGAAGAGGAGCUUUUCCUCAUACAGGAUCAGCAGGGUCUCAUCACACUGGGCUGGAUUCACACUCAUCCCACGCAGACAGCCUUCCUCUCCAGUGUUGACCUCCACACUCACUGCUCCUACCAGAUGAUGUUGCCAGAGUCCAUAGCCAUUGUCUGUUCCCCCAAAUUCCAGGAAACUGGAUUCUUUAGACUCACUGACCAUGGACUAGAGGAGAUUUCUUCCUGUCGCCAGAAAGGAUUUCAUCCCCACAGCAAGGAUCCACCCCUCUUCUGUAGCUGCAACCACGUGACUGUUGUGGAGAGAGCUGUGACCAUCACAGACCUUCGAUGA